AUGGAGGCGGCGAGACUUGCCGCUGGCGGUGCCCCCCGGUGGGUUUUCCGGGGGAAACAGACUCCAGCUCCGCUGCCUGCGACCCAGUUCAUCGGAGGGCCCAUUCCUGGGCUCCACCAUGCUCCCAGGCUCCGUCUCGGCCGCCGCCGGGUCUCUCAGGCAGCUCCGCGCUGCUCGAACGAGUCUGGAACUGGAGAGGGCGGCAGCCGCCCGCUGGAUCAAUUCCUGAAAGUCUACGCCGCCAUUAAUGAAGGCAAUGCUGACGGAAUCAUGGAUUCUAUAGAUCAUGUGAUCCCGCUCCCCCCCAAACUCAUUCCUUUCUUCUGGCUCCUGAAGGGGAAGAAGGUAAACCACCGAAAUCUCCCCGUCUUCAGCCAUGGCAGUCCCCACCAGGCUGAUCUCACUCAACGGUGGUUUUGGUCCAGGGAGCGAUGCGGAUCUUCUCCUCUCUCAUGGGACUCGUCACAAACAACGUGGAGUUCUUCGUCAAGCCCAAGGAUGACGGCACCGAUGUCGGCGUCUCCUGGACAUUUGGUCAGCUCCCUCCAUACUCACCGCUCUCUCUCGGCCUCUUUCACCGUGGUCUCACAUGUCCUCCUCCCCGCGGCCAUGGGGCGUCUCUUAAACCGCAGUGUGGAAAACGACCCAAGAUCUCCCGGGCAGAGAGUGCAGCUUCGACACCGCCCACGUGUACAAGGGGCGGAUGUUCUUGAGGUAAGCCUUCAGAGACAGGGUUUCCUCCUGGGGAGUGACGUGAUGUUUAGUCAUUCUGAAACCCUAUAGGAACGUGGAGCUACUCCUGGACCCCAUGACCCAAGUGGAUUCCCUCUCGAAGGUAGCUUCCUCCCCCCCACUAAUCAGGAUAUUCUCCCGACCCGCGUGAGCUUGACGAGCAUGUUGCAGAGAUUAAUGGCGUUUCUGAGGCGAAGUGGAGAUCCGGUUGAUAACGGCGACGUCGUUCAGAAGAAAACCUGGUGGGGAUCGAUGCUGCUUGUGGCUCUGCUCCUCGUGACCGUCGCGUUCUUAGUUAUCAGGAAGCUGCCCCACUGA